AUGGAGGCUGGCGCCUACAGCCCUAAGUCGCGUCACCUCUUUGUCACCGACAGGAACACGAAGACGCAGUACCUAAUCGACACAGGAGCGGACCUCUGCGUUCUACCUCGCACAACGGUACGCGGUAGGCGAGAGAAAUCAAAUUACGGAUUAUACGCGGCAAAUAAUUCUAUUAUCGCGACUUACGGCAUCGAGUUGAUUACUCUUGACCUUGGACUCAGACGAAAGUUUUCAUGGCGUUUUGUGAUCGCUGACGUAACGGAACCCAUUAUCCGGGUCGAUUUUCUAGACCAUUUUGAUUUGCUUGUGGAUAUCCGUAAUCAGCGUGUCGUCGAUAGUCUAACGACGGUUUCAGUCACCGGACACGUGGCCGCGUGUGAAGAAAAUUGGAUAGGAGUCCAUAUAAUAGCAGGCUCUUCGUCGUGGCACGAACUUUUGCAGCUCUACCCACAAAUUUCGCGACCUUCCGGUAUCACAAUUUUCGAACGACCUCGUCGUCUUUCGCCAGAGAAACUCCAGUUAGCGAAAAAGGAAAUCCAGAACUUGCUAGAUUUGAGUAUUUUAUGUCCUUCCAAAAGCAGCUGGUCAUCGCCACUUCACCUCGUUCCCAAGAAGAAUGGCCAGUGGAGACCCUGCGGAGAUUAUCGGCGGUUGAAUGCGAGAACGAUUUCCGACCGAUAUCCUGUACCACACAUGGAAGAUUUUGCACAAUCGCUACACGGUAAAAAGAUUUUCUCAACAGUAGAUCUAGUUCGCGCGUAUCACCAGAUUCCCGUCGCUGAGGAGGAUGUACCAAAAACGGCUAUCACGGCACCGUUUGAUUACGUCUUCUCGUACAUAGACGAUGUUCUAAUUGCGUCAUCUGAUGAGGAGGAACACAGGCAGUACGUGCGAGAGAUUUUCGAGCGAUUCAAAGCCUACGGUCUCGUGAUCAAUCCUGCGAAAUGCGUUUCGGGAGUUUCUACGGUAAAAUUCCUAGGGUUCGAUGUCUCGGAACAUGGAAUCAAACCUCUUCCGGAAAAGGUAGAAGCAAUCCUGAAGUAUCCACAGCCGAAUACAGCAGCUGUACAACAAGCUCCCCUGCACGAGCUUUUAAAAGGUAACAUCAAAGGAGGAAGCAUCAUGAUCUGGAACGAAACGGCUCUUCAGGCUUUUGAGGAAUGCAAAAAGAGUCUAGCAGAAGCUGCGCUCCUAGCUUAUCCAGCACCUGCAGCACCUCUUGCAAUUUUUGCCGACGCAUCGAAUUUCGCGAUUGGAGCCGCCCCCCAGCAGUUUAAGAGCGACAUAUGCUCACCUCGUCAGUUUAGGUACCUAGAUUUUAUAGGGCAGCACACAACGGACAUCAGGCACAUUCCGGGUCCGGAAAACGUUUUAGCCGACGGUCUCUUUCGGGUUGAAGAACUCGCGACCGGAGUUGAUUUUGCAGCAUUGGCAAGAUCUCAAGUCAAUGAUGAAAAGGUUCAACUUCCAGGGACGGAUACGACUCUGUACUGCGAUGUUUCUACCUCUGUAGCUAGACCCUUCGUGACGAAACCAUGGCGUCGUGUAGUUUUCAACUCGUUCCAUCAAUUGUCGCAUCCAGGAUUCAAAGAGACGACGAAGCUUGUCACUCAACGCUAUGUUUGGCCCUCUAUCAAAGCUGAUUGCAAGCUCUGGCACGUGCACAUAGAUUUGGUCGGUCCUUUGCCCAUUUCGAACAGUGCCUGCUAUGUUUUGACCUGCGUUGACCGAUAUUCGCGAUGGCCUGAAGCUUUUCCAAUCCCAAACAUUGAGGCAGCAACCGUCGCGAGAGAAUUUCUGUCAGGAUGGAUUGCAAGAUUCGGAACUCCGUUGCGAAUUACUACCGAUCAAAGUCGUCAAUUCGAGUCACAACUUUUUCGAGAAUUGAACAACUUACUCGGGACUCAGCAUUUAUGGACGACAGCAUAUCAUCCCUCUUCCAACGACAUGGUGGAAAGGUCAAACCGAAAGUUGAAAGAAUCCAUCAAGUGUCAUGAAACUGAGGAUUGGGCUGAAGUUCUACCUAUCAUACUUUUAGGCAUCAGAUCAACCUGGCCAGAGUAUUUGAAGUCAACAUCAUCUGAACUUGUUUACGGUGAGAGCAUUCGCCUACCUGGAGAAUUCCUAACUGCCCGUUCAGAAGGAGUCAUCACGAAAGAUACAUCAGAGUUCGUCAACGCUAUGAGACGUCGUUUUCAGAGUCUCCGACCAGUCGGUGGCACUCGUCACAGUCAGAAAAAAAUAUUUGUUUUUAAACACCUCUCGACAUCUGAGCAAGUCUUCGUUCAUCAUGAUCAGCCAAAAGGAUCGCUAUAA